AUGUCCAAAAGGCUCAGCCCUCAGUUACAGCACAACAUUGCAGAAGAUGCCUAUUGUGAAACACACCUGGAACAAACACAGCUGUUCUGUGAUACGGACCAGAUCACACUCUGCAGCAAAUGCGUCCAGUCCCAGGACCACCAGCGUCACAGCGUGUGCGGGAUACAAGAGGCUGCUGAGAAUUACGGGAAGUUAUUCUGGGAAACAUUGAACACACUGAGGGAGAAACUUGAAGCAGCUAAAAGCAUGUUGACUGAUGAGCAAGAAAGAAUGGUGAUGAUUCAGGAAGAGGAACAAAAUUUUAAAAAGAUGAUUGAGUCUGAGUACAAUAUGAGACUCCGGUUGUUGAAUGAAGAGCGUGAGCUGAAUCAGAGACGGCAGGGGUGCAUAGCUGACUUGAACUUGAGAGAAGCUCAUCUCAAUCAAGUGAUGAAGCUUGCCACAGAGCUGGAGGAGACGUUCCAGGAAAUGCUACAGAGACUGGGCCGUGUGGGGAGAGAGAACAUGAAGAAGCUGAAGGAGAGUGAAGCCAGGGUUUCCCAGCACGUCUGCAGCCUCCAGACGCUCACCACGGAGCUUGAGAAGAAGUGUCAGGACGGCGCCUUAGCGUUGCUCAAGUGCCUCAAUCUUGAAAUUCCGGCCUCAGAACUGCGAGGAAUGGCUUUCUGUUGUGAAGAAGCUACUCAGUCCGUGAAUGCAAAAUGCUCUUUGGAAAGGAGCAACGCACUGCUGCUUGAGAAUCUGGAGCCUGCUCACAUCACAGACCUGAGUUUAUGCCACAUAAGAGGACUGAGCAGCAUGUUCAGAGUUUUCCAAAGACGUUUAACUUUGGACCCUGAAACAGCUCAUCCCUGCCUGGCCCUGUCUGAGGACCUGAGAACUGUGAAAUUGAGAAAUUCCCAGCAGGAUACACCUAGCAGCCCAGAAAGACUGAACUUCAGUGCCAUGGUGCUGGGCGCGGAACGCUUCACCUCCGGGAGGCACUACUGGGAGGUGCACGUGGAAAAGGCCACCAACUGGCAAGUGGGCAUAUCCUACCGCACUGCAGACGGGAGGGGCAGCUCGCCCAGAGCCUCUGGAGAGAAAGUCUUACUCACCGGGUCGGUGUUGGCGGCGGAGCCUACACUCUGGGUCUUUCCCCCUUUGAAAAGGGUCUUUCUGGAAAAGCAGUUACGUACGGUUGGAGUUUUCCUUGACUACGAAUAUGGGCAGAUAUCAUUCUACAAUGUGACAGAGAGUUCCCUCAUUUAUAAUUUCUCCCAUCUCGCCUUCCAAGGAGUUCUCAGGCCUGUGUUUUCCCUUUGUAUCCCAAACGGAGACACAAGUUCAGACUCCCUCACCAUCUCCCCUCAGGACGGUCCUUCCUGCGAUGACACGGUUAGCCCUUAA